CGCGGACGGAGAGCGGACGGGCGAUGGAACCCGCUCAGCGUCUCUUCUGCCUCAAGUGGAGCAAGCCGGAGUCGGGCGUGUUCAGUUCGCUCCUUUCCAACGAGUCCUCGAUGGAUGUGACGCUGGUGUGCGCCGACCGCGCCCUAAAGGCGCACCGGAUGGUGCUGUCCGCCGGUAGCGCCUUCUUCCAGAGACUGCUCAUGCAGAGCCCGUCCAGGGAGCCGACCCUCGUCCUGGCGGACGUGCGCUUCGCCCAGCUCCGGCCCGUCCUGGAGUUCAUGUACUGCGGAGAGGUGACCGUGUACGAGCACGAGCUGCCCGAGCUGCUCAAGGUCGCCGACGCGCUCGAAAUCAGGGGCCUCGCUGACGCCACCGCCCGCAGCGGUUCCGAUCCUGCUCUCCCCGACGCUGCCUCGCCGUGUUAAACGACCUCCACCUGGGCAAACGUUGCGGACAAGA